CUCGGCUGGCCUGCAAUUGCUUCUCCCACUCGAUUAUAAACCGUACUUUUUGCUCUGCAUAACUUAAAAGAAGCCGUAUAAGAUGGCAUCCGGUCCAGCUACUCAGUCAUUGAAGUGUGUGGUUACUGGUGACGGUGCAGUUGGCAAAACAUGCCUGCUCAUUUCUUACACAACAAAUGCAUUCCCUGGAGAAUACAUUCCUACAGUAUUCGAUAACUACACCGCCAGUGUUAUGGUAGAUGGUCGGCCCAUCAGUCUGGGUCUGUGGGAUACCGCAGGGCAAGAGGAUUACGAUCGCCUGCGCCCGCUGUCUUAUCCACAAACAGAUGUCUUCCUGAUCUGCUUCUCCAUCGUCAGCCCGCCUUCAUUCGACAACGUGAAAGCUAAGUGGUUUCCCGAGAUCGAGCACCACGCACCCAACGUUCCUAUCAUCCUUGUCGGCACCAAACUUGAUCUGCGUGACGAUAGAGCGACCGCCGACCAGCUUCGUGCCCGCAAAAUGGAGCCCGUCUCCUACGAGCAAGCUCUUACCGUUGCCAAAGAGAUCCGGGCCCAUAAGUACCUGGAAUGUUCAGCUCUCACACAGCGCAAUCUGAAAAGCGUAUUUGACGAGGCGAUCCGGGCGGUCCUCAAUCCCCGUCCCACCGCGAAGCCUAAGAGCAAGAAAUGCUUGAUCUUGUAAAGCCUUUUUUUAUAUCUCACCACCAUAUAAGCAACUAAUACGGCGUCCUGGUAGCUUCAUGCUAUUUUCAUCGUUCUUUUUUGGUUACCCUCCUCGCCUCAUCUUAUGCCCUGAUAUCUCUUUUUCUAUUUUUUUUUUCUUUCCUCCUAUUUUCUCUCCUCUUUGACAGGGUGCCAGAUAUUUCCUAAUUCAGUAUAAAGAUGUACCAUGUCAUGCAAGAUCAUGCUAUGAAUGUCAUACCCAGGGGCUGUAUCAUGAGACAGCUGGAUCAAGCUUUCUAUUCACUAGUCUUUCGAACUCACUUGCCUCUGAACAGCUCGGUUUGUUCUCCCCGGUGUUGAGAACCUCA